CCUGUCUGCCUGCCUGCCUUUAUUUGAGUCAAGAAUAACAAGCAAGUGAUCUCAGAAAAAGGAAAGAAGAAGUAAUUUAAUGCAAUACCAGAAAUUGAAUUUUACAUGGAGAUAAAAAAACAACAACAUCUAAAAUUAUUAAAUAUUCCAAAAGAGUUUAUUUUAAUAAAAAAAGUGUCUGAAAAAACUUUUUGAAUAUUUUAUUCGAAUAAAUUAACCAUUAAAAAAACCUAAUCGGGUCAUGACCCAAUUUUUGUCCGCCAGUCAUUGACCACCUCCAGAAGACAAAGUGAAAUUACUUGAAACAGUGAUAGAGCAAGAGAGAGUGAGAGAGAUAGAGAGAGAGAAAAAACGUGGUCAACACUACAUUAACAUUAACAUAUUUUAACGAUCGAUUUGAAGUAAAAAAGUAAAAACUUUCGCUGUUUGUCACUCAGUGUCCAUUCAAAGGCGAAGUGAAGAACUGUUAAUUGAUUUUUGGUGCAACAAAAGGUUAUAACCCAACAGCCAACAAGAAAAGUGUUAACUAGUCUAUAUCUAAACAAAAAAAAUAAUAACUUUUACUUUCUUCGAAAACGAUUUUCGGUAAAAAUGUUCAAAAUCGUUCUAAUUGUUUUGACGUCAUUAUUGGCCAGCAUCAUCCCCGUGCGGGCACAACAACCCUACUAUCUGCAGCAAUGUCCUCGUGAUGAGCAAAUUAUCAACGAGUGUCUACGUGACAGUGGCAACAAAUUGGUGCAUUAUCUGCGGCAAGGUAUUCCCGAACUGGAGAUGUAUGAGGUUGAACCAGUCGAUAUCGAUGAAAUUGGAAUUUCAUUGGGUUCGGGCCCAGAUGGUUAUCGGGCUCUGUUCCGUAAUAUUCAGGCAUUUGGCGUUAGUAAUUUGACAAUAACAAAUGUGAGAUCCGAUUUGGAGUCAUUGCAAUUUCAAUUGACCUGUGAGAUACCUCGCAUCAAGGUUAGAGCCCAAUAUCGUUCAAGCGGUGUUUUGAUUUUGGUCAAAGCAUCUGGUGCCGGUGAAUAUUGGGGCGAAUAUGAGGGUGUCAAAUCGAAAAUGUAUUUCAAGGCCACACCACAUGAGGGACCAGAUGGCCGCACAUAUUUGACCACGGAGCAGGUGAAAAUGGAUUUCAAUGUCAAGGACAUUCAGAUGGGUGUUGACAAUAUUGCCAAUGGCAAUUCGGUUAUACAGGCCGCCUUGAAUCUCUUCAUCAACUCCAAUGCCCAGGAAUUGUUGAAGGAAAUGAAACCAGCCUUGCGCACAAAACUCACAUUGGUCAUGCGUAACUUUAUGGAUCGUCUGUUUGCCCGCAUACCGCUCGAUGAAUGGAUUAAUUUGAAUUAAAUGAUCGUGAUGACCAUCAACAUCAUUUAAGAUCGUGAAUUGACAUAUCCGCAUCAUAGCUUUAAGUUAGCCGUAAUUUAUUUUCUUCCUAAAAUACUAAGUAUGCGAAAUUGUUUUCGCCUAAAUUCACAUCAAUUCUCUUUAGGAUAAGAUAUUUCCCCCUCCCGAGUUCGAAGAAAACAAUUUAUUUGUUAAAUUGCUAAUGAAAAUGAAAUAAUAUUUAUUUUACCAUGUAAUGCUAAUUGUUUAUUCGAUAAGUUAUUAAUAAAUAAAUAAAAAAAAUUAAAAA